AUACUACUAUUCAUCAACAAUCGUGCCGAACGAUGCGUGCUGGGCCAGCCAGGGGAUGGACAGAUAAAUUCUUUUGCUUGUUGUGAUUUCCCGGUGUGUGGUGAGCUCAGCCUCCAAAUCUGAGUGUUCAGAGCUUAUGACAAUGGAUCCUGUACGAGAAAGAAACUGGCUGAUCCCAACAGCUCUGCUGUGCAGCUACGGCUUCUUGAAGGAGGUACGUCCCUCGGAACCCUUCCUGACCCCAUAUCUUCGUGGAGACAAGAACCUCACUGAGCAGCAAGUGGACAAUGAAGUUUACCCGGUCUGGACGUACACCUACAUGGUCGCCCUGGUCUUCGUGUUUGUCCUCACCGACUUACUCCGCUACAAACCCGUCAUCGUCUUUGAAGGCUUAGCCUACAUCGGAACCUGGUCACUUCUUCUCUGGGCGUAUGGAGUGACGAUGAUGAAACUUAUGCAGUUCAUGUACGCUUUCGCGACAUCAACGGAAGUGGCAUACCUCGCGUACAUCUUUGCAGCGGUAUCAUCAGAUCAUUACCAGCAGGUGUCCAGCUACACGCGGUCCGCUCUCCUCGCCGGAAGGUUUGUGGCGGCUGUCAUCGGACAACUGUUGAUUUCUUUUAAAGUUACUACAUACAGGGGCCUCAAUUACGUUAGUCUCGCUUUUGUCUCUUUGGGUUUUGUUAUAAGUCUGUUCUUACCAUCGGUUCAUAAGAGUACUUACUUUCACAGAGACAUGCCAAAAGUUGCAAACAGUCCCACAGAAGGUCACGUUCCCAGUGAAAACCCAACACAAAGUUCCAGUACACAUACAGAUGAAUCGUGUCAUGGAGUUGAUGUUCAGUCAAAAGCACAUUCACGAUCAGUGAAAGAGAGAACUGUUUCUUGCUAUUCAUCUACCAAGCGGUUUUGCCAGUACUUGUGGACAGACUUCAAGAACUGCUACAGCAAUAGACAGCUCUUGGAAUGGUCUCUUUGGUGGGCUUUUGCAACAUGUGGCAAUCUUCAAAUUGGCAACUACAUCCAGAAUCUUUGGGACAUCAUUUUUACAAAGUCUGGUAAUCACAGCUCUGAAAAUGUCUACAAUGGAGCAGUGGAAGCAUUGUCAACUCUCCUUGGUGCUCUGUCGGCAUUCCUGAUUAUGUUUCCUAAGGUGAACUGGGACCGUUACGGAGAGCUACUUCUCGGGGUGGUUUCCAUCGUGGAUGCCAUAUUACUCUUAAUAAUGGGGUUGACCACCAACAUCUGGCUCUGCUAUUCGUUCUAUAUCAUCUUCAGGUCGUCCUACCAGCUUGUCAUCACAAUAGCAACAUUCCAGAUUGCAAAGCAUCUGAGCUUAGAACGCUAUGCAUUGGUGUUUGGAUGGAAUACGUUUGUAGCUCUUGUUCUUGAGACCAUUCUGACUCUUAUUGUGGUGGACUAUAGGACUCUAAAUCUACCGGCUGAUACACAGUUCCUGGUAUACGGUGGCUACUUCUAUCUCCUCGGCACAGCCUUCUGCAUCAAGGCAGUCUACCAGGCGGGGCAGCGGGGAUGCAGGCAGACCCUCUCGUGUUGCCAUGGUGACAGUGGGGCGUGUCUGGAGCUCCAUCAGAGAGUACCCAUUCAGGAUGGAGAUGGAGACGCCGGAGGAAGGAGGAGAGAGGAAGAGGAGGAGCAGGAGGAAGGAGCCAAAGAGAUUGAUGAGGUGAAAGGAGGAGAUACAUUGCAGUUGGUCCAGUAAAGGAGGAGGAGGUAAAUUGUCUGUGCAUAUCUUGACCUGCAGAGCCAGUAUGAGCCAAGAAUGUAAGCAGCUUUUUCCCGCAUUUAUGUAUAUAUAUAUAUAUUUUUUUUUUUAAAUACAGUAAAUCAAUAUUCUUGAUAUAUUUUGCAGUAGUGUUGUAUUGUGUGUGAUCAGUGGAGUUCUGGGCCCCGUCUUACAAAGAGUUACGAUUGAUCCAAUCAAUCAUAACUCUAUGGAAAUCCAUCAGUGUCAUAAUUUUUUCUACAGGGAAUUCGCACAAUCUCCUUAAAACCCUGAAUCUUCAAGAGAACGAUGAAUGUAUGAAUGUGCAUCAUAUCUAGAAAGUAUUUUGAACAAAUUUGCAUUUUCAGACGUUGACGUUGCUGGCCGUCCAUAUUUGUGAUUGAUCGGAUCGAUCGUAACUCUUUGUAAGACGAGGCCCAGUUAUUCCCGUAAGCCUUGUACGUGUAAACGGACCACCCCUUUCCAGUGGGCAAUGGAUCAAGAGAAGGAAUAGAAAGUGAUGGUUCCUCAAAUUCCAACUCUUGCUCCCCAAUUGGUGCAAUUUAGGGUGCAAUUUCUAAUUUAUGAUGUUUCUUAAGUGAUUCAAUUUGUGCUAAAGCCAAGGUAAUAAUAUCCAUGUUCCUUGCAAUGGCAUAAAGAUGUUAUAAUCAUAAUGUAAUGCGCCAUACAAGAACUGUUUGUUAUUGUUUAUAUUAUUUGACCAAACAUAUUUGAUUCUGUGAAUUAGUGCAACUGGGGGCUUCUAUUUGAUGCUCUUUUCUAUGAUCAAGCCUUUGUCUAUGUUGCGAUCAAAUUUUCAAAGAAAUUGUAAUAGCAUUUGGUAUUAAUGUUCCAACCUAUAAAAUCUGUAUGAUCAAAGUUCCGAAUAGUGGUAUGAAUGCCAAAAUUCCAGUCCAUGUCAAGCCUUCCUGUAGGAGUGAAAGCAAAUUACGUUAAACUUCAAGUAAAAUUAUUUUACUUGGAACUUGCAAAUAUGUGUUUUGUUCAAAAGUCGUGCCAUUCCGAAAUUAAUUAACAUUUCGAAGUGCAUGCAGACCAAAAAUUGCCCCAAAAUAUGAAUUUGUGUACAAAUCCAAUGCAAAUAGUGUUUUAAGCCAAAAUUCAUGUAUGUAUCAUGAUUUUUCCUAACUGAUAUUGAUUAAAUCAAUGAAUUUCAUUUUUUUAUUGGUCAACAUAAAGUCCCCAACAAUAUCCAUUGAAAAAAGCAUUCAACAAAAUGGAGAAAAACAAGGAAAUGCAUAUUAGAAAACAAUAAAAUACAUUAAAAAAGGAAUGUGAUAUUGAAAUAUUUAAAAGUACAUUUGAUUUGAAUUAUGUAAAGAGUAUGUGAAAAAAAACCCAGCAUUUUAGGGGCAUUAUUUAGUUAAUUAGUGCAAACUCUUUUAUUUCAUGUUUAAAUUGGCAUGAUUAAUUUGCAAUGAGAUUUUUCGUUGAAUUUGAUCUUGUAGAUUAUGCCAUGGGUAACGUGAAUGCCAAUUUUUAUCGUGAUCGCGCGACCGACGGCCGAGAUCCCCCCCCCCAGUCUUCUUAGGCGUCAAAAUCGCCCAGUCUAUUUAGGGUGUAUAAGGAAACAAAACCCAAGGAGUUACAUAUAUAACACUGUGAAUCUCUUGCCAUUGAUGUGUAUUUAUUUCAAAAUAUUCUUGAUAUUUGCACUUUUUCUUCAAACAGUCAGAACUUAAUUUUGAAUAAUUGGUAGAAAAUAGUAUAUGGUGGCUACAUGUAUUUGAACUUUGUAGAAAAAACAAGAAAACAAGAAUGUUAAAAACAUACUAACAUAAAAUUUUGUUUCUUUGCAAAUAUCGAGGGAUUGCUGUUGUAGAGAGGAGCAGGGAAUUGAUCAUUCAUUAGGAAUAAUAUCAAGAGAAAUCAUAAAAGCAACAUCUAGUUACUGUACAUGUAAUGCUUUAAGAGCAAGUAUACAUAAACUACAACGAACAGGGGUUUGAACUGAUAGCUCAGCAGUUGUAUUCUAUAUGUAUAUUGUUUGUCAAUUAUUUGUGCCGUCGAAUUUGAACCAAAAUUUGUUGAUCUCAAAUACCACUUCGUGACCAAGUCGUUCUCUUUUUCAAGGCCUUGUUGGCAAAAUUUAGUUAUAUUUCUAUGAAGAUGCAUGCUCUCGGGUACAUGGUUGUCUAAUACAUGCAUAUAUGGGGAAAUGUCUCUACUACAAUAUGUAUCUUAGUACAAUGAAACCCCAUGAAUGAGCCGACAACUGAAACAUAUCAAUGUCAUCACUUUACAAAUUUUGUUUCAUGUUUUUCAAAUGAAUAGGGAUAUCUUUCCAUAAUGUUUCCAAUUUUUCAAGUUUGGGAUGAGAUGGUCUUUGAAAAUCACGAUCUAUCAUUAAUUUUCUUUGCUCUGGCCCUCUGAAAGAUCAAUAUUGAAAUUUUUUGAAAUACGAAAUUGCAUGGGCAAACAAAGUGGAUUAAUUCAGGAGCCACAGCACUCGAGACCAAAGUCAAAACUGAUAUAGACUCUAUUAUCAAAUUUUUGUUUUCCUAUAAAACGGGACCUCACGCACGCACUGUCUCCAUCAAAUAAAAUACUACCCCUAACCCAAUCCAAGGAAACAUGUCGUACAAAUCAUGUAGUUAAGUAGUGAAUGGAUAUCAGCAACUCAAUCAGAAAUAUGCUUACGAAUUUCGACAAAAUAAAAAAGUUUGACUUUGAUUUUCACACACAUCAUGGCCAUACAGAGCACAGCACUGAACAUUCGAAGCAGCUAAGCUAGGGCUAUGUAGCUAUCACGUCGCUGCGUAUUGCCAAGGAAACAACGGUCAAAUGGCUGGAAAAAAGUGCAAGCAAUUCGCGGUCUAUCGCCCCUCGCCCUUGCUAGCGCUAAAAUAGUUGCUCAAAAUUUUCAGAGUAAAGAAACUUUACCGAUUUGCAUUAUUUAUUCGUUAUUAGUAACCUUUCUUACUAUCAUUUACAAGUGAAAUCAAAUAGAUUAUACAGUUUAGCACGAGACAUUCACAUAUCAACAAGCAGCGGUCUGCAUACAGAGACUACGCUGCUACACUUAUUUGUACACAACGUAAUCGAAGCAAACUCACGUGGCUGUGACACUCACAUUUUUGUGAACAAGCUACAAAACAUGUACUUUUUAGAAUAAAGACAGGAAUAAUCAUACCUCUUAACAUCUAGUCUGAGCUGAUCUCUCUUCUCUAGAUGAUGUAGCAGAAUUAGGUCCCGAUGAAAAGAAAAUAGGGACAGCGUCUUCUUCCAGGAUAACCCGCGGUUUGGUGCCCAUCAAUUUCGCAUUAAGACCGACUUCGUAGUCAGACCCCAAGAAAUGGUUGCUGUAUAUCUGAUCAUUUUGAGUCCAUUGGUGUCCUUUUUGUAGGAAUUUUUCCACUCUCACCGCUGCUACCCAUUUCUUAAAUGCCUCUUGUCUUGUUUUAGGAUUCAGAAAUCGGCGGAAAGAUUUCCCUCCACUCUUUUUUCCUGUUAUAUCAUUGCAGCCGUAGGCCUGGCAAAACACCAUGUUGCUCGGUAAAUUGCACAGUGAAACAAUGGAAAUAGGUCGUCUGCUAUCUCGCGCGAGGGGUCUCUCCAGCUCGAAGUUGUCUGUGGCCUACGUCAUACCUUUGCUGGGGGUCUGCUAGAAAUGGUGACUUGCAUAAGCAGCAGAGGACAAUUGAAAAACCUACUUCGAGGGAUCGUAAUCUUUCAAUUACUCCAAUUUCGCUGAACCGAUUCGGAUGAAUUUGGUAUCAAAUUAAUCAGAAUAAAACUCUUCAGUUGAAAAUGAUAAAGAAAUGCCAGGGUUGGAUUCCCCUUUUACAAAUAAAAUCCAAUAAUUUAUUUUUACAACAUUGUUUACAAAUGAAAUGAAUUGCUGCAAAUUAUUGCAUUUCUCAAUUCGUGUCCGAGAUGAAAUCUUGGCAAUAUUAUCUUUUUUAUGAACAAGUUACAAAACAUGUACUUUUUAGAAUAAAGACGAGAGCAACAUACCUCUUUACAACUAGCUUGAGCUGAUCGCUCUUCUCUUGAUGAUGCAGAAGGAGUAGGUCCCGAUGAAAAGGAAAAUACAGAUGGAACAGCGUCUUCUUUCAGGAGAACCCGCGGUUUGGUGCCCAUCAAUUUUGCACGAAGAUUGACUUCGUAGUCGGACUCCACAAAAUGGUCGCUACAUAUAGUAUCUGGUCAUUUGGAGUCCAUUUGUAGCUUUUUUGCAGGAAUUUCUCCACUUUCACCGCUGCUGCCCAUUUCUUAAAUGCCUCUUAUCUUGUUUUAGGAUUCAGAAAUCGGCGGAAAGAUUUCCCUCCACUCUUUUUUCCUGUUAUAUUAUUGCCACCGUAGGCCUGACAAAACACCAUGUUGCUAGGCAAAUUGCACAGUGAUCCAAUGGAAAUAGGUUGUCUGCUAUCGCGUGCGAUGGAUCUGUCCAGCUCAAAGUUGUCCAUGGCCUACGUCAUACCUUUGUUGGGGGUCUGCUAGAAAUGGCGACUUGCAUUAGCAGCAGGCGACAAUUGAAAGACCUACUUCGAGGGAUCGUAAUAUUUCAAUAACUCCAGUUUCGCUUAACCGAGUCGGAUGAGUUUGGUAUCAAAUUAAUCAGAAUCAAAUCUUCAGGUGAAAAUGAUAAAGAAAUGAUUGGAUUCCCCUUUAACAAAUAAAAUCUAAUCAGAUAUAUUCACAUUAUUUACAAAUUUAAUGAAUUGCUGCAAAUUAUCAAUACGUGUCCGAGAUGAUAUCUUGGCAAUGUUAUCUUUUGUUUGAAGAUAUGAAAUCAAAUGGGAGUUCAACUGGUCACAAAUUUGAAGGCAAAGAUGUAAAGUGUGUGGCACUACUUUGUGGACGGGAACACUGAGAAACAGAGGCGUGUUGAUGCAGCCAAAUUUGGAAGAAUCUGUUAAUUUUUUUAUUUAAACAAAUUACUUUGGAUUCAGUUGUUUGUGCACCAUUGUUUUCUUGUAUACAAGACCAUGUUUUAGACUUAUCGAACCUGUCAGAACUGCUGCAAUGACACCACAGGCAACAGUAUUUGGCUGAAAAUAAGGCUAUACCCAUAAUUUGAUUAAGGGAUUUGAGAUCUCCACCAAGACAUUUAUCAACUGAUAUUUCAUUACCUUCAAGUUCGAUGGAUUCUCUAUUUUCAAAUUCCUUUGUGUCAUGGAUAUAUCUUACUAGAGAAGAAAGGUUUUCAGGACAUUUUACAAUAGCCAGUAAAUAAUUACCAUGUUCAGACAUGCUUUGGACUUCAUCAGGUCAAAAGAGUGCCACAUUGACAAGACUUUGCUGACAAGUUAUUCACGUUCCAUCACCAGAAAAUUUUACACAAAUUUCCCAAUUCUCAACAAGGUCAGGCUCUUGUUUCACUUUACAAACUGUCAUGUCAGUUUCACUUGUAUAUAUACCCCAAGAUAUUCUCCUAAUUCCUGAAUAUCUAUUGCAGAGUUCAGAUCUUUUUGUCUUUUACUUACUUGACAAGCUCUUGGUAAGUGAUGGUUUUUCUCGGCAAGAACAUGGUAACCUCUAAUAGAUAUUUUAUGAUUAUCAUAUAGUGACUUUGGAUUCACUUGAGAGGGACUCGGUGAUCUCCUGAAGUGGCUGAAGCAGUUAGGCUAAUUGUUCUGCAAUGGAGACUUCCCGAUUUGACAGAUCAAGCUCAUUCUUCUUUGUUUCGAUUAGUAGAUUAGAUAUUGGUUACUGUUGCUCCAAAACUGGCUUUAGCAUGUCACGAGUUGAUCCCCAUCUGGUUUCUACGUCCUGUAUCAGCUUGUGCUCGGGAACAUUCAGGUUUUUUUUAUGUGACGCUAAACAAUAUUUAGAUUUCGCCGAGCGAUGAACAAAUUCUACAAGUUUUGAGCAUCUGGCAAGUGUUGUUUGUAUUCCACAGCAUUUUAACCCAGCCUUCACUACUAGGUUAAGGGUGUGCCCAAAACAUGGGAUAUUAGGGAGGGACAACCCUUCACAUACAGCCUUGGUGAUUUUGGAGGCUUUGUCCGUCACAACAGCACUGACUUUGUUUUCAAGAGCCCACUCUGCAAGAAUAGCUCUCAAAACUUCAGAAAUAUGUUCAUUGUCAUGUGGUGGGGGGAGUUCUUUGUUUUCAAGGGUAAAACUUCCCAUCUUCCACUCAUCAUCAGUGAAGUGAACCGUGACGCCGAUGUAUUGAUCAGAAGCACGGCUCGUCCACAAAUCCGUUGUUAUGGCAACUGAAGUUGCUCGUUCGAGGCAGGGUAGGACAGUUUGCUCUCUGACGAUGUCAUACAUUCUGGGAAUGAUGGUUGUUGAGAAAGGUUUCCUUGAUGGUAAACUGUAGCGUGGAUCAAAAAUUUUAAUCAUAUCCCGAAAGCCUUUCUCUUCCACAAUAUAAAUUGGUCUCAUUCCCGAUACAAUGAAUUUAUCAACGACCGUCGUCAAUUCUUUCUGUCUUACGGAACCGCUUGUAUGAGGGGUCACUGAUUGGAAAUGUGUCU